AUUUCGAUGUCUCAUCCUUAUCUGUUGCUAAAAUCAUUUUCUGUUGCCAUCCAUACUGCUAGAUUCAAUUGCUACAGGGCUAGCAUAGGUAAAAUCAGGCGCACGUUAUAUCAUCGCUUCUAUCCGGUUCUGCUAGUGAAUCCUAACGGCAACUGUUACAGUAUUCGUUUCAGGGAACCGCGGAAGAUCAUACAGCUUCCGUUAGAUCCGAUGACGCUCAGUGACGAGGAACGCAGGGAGAGAUUAUCUCAGCGUAAAGGAGUUAAACAAAAGAUGGACCAGCAAGAUACGAUCGACGAUUCGUUUAACAGCGAUCGGUACAACUUUCUAUGGAAACUGACUCCUGAAAAAUGA